AUGGCUAUGUUCAGAGAAAAGUCACGUCGUAUUAACUUUACGCCUAAAUUUGUCCAGUUCCUACGACAAGUUGACGAGAUAUUAUUCUGGAUACGUGAAAAAGAAACUUACGUAACAUCAGAGGAUUUCGGUCGGGACUUGGAACAUGUUGAAACUCUUCAAAAAAGGUUUGAUGAGUUUACAAUUGAUCUCGAGUAUGAAGAAAGUCCUGCCGAAGACAUCUAUCGGAAGGGAGAUGAACUUCUAAAGGAGAAAUUUUCUGAGGAUGUGCUAGUCAUAGAAGAGUUCAGAGAGGUCCACAGAGCUCUAGAGCGUCUGAAGGACCUGGCUAAGAAACGACAAGAAAAGCUUCUGGAAGCCUAUGAGAUACGGCGCUUCUUUAGAGACACAGAUAAAGCUAUAUUGUGGGUGAAUGAAGGGUCCAUUCCUUUAUCCAUUAAGGACUGCGGUCGUGAUCUUGCCUCAGUUCAAGGCUUACAAAGGAAGCACGAAGCAUUAGAAAGGGAUUUGACUGCCCUAGAUGAAAAGAUUGUUCAACUUGGAGAUGAUACUAAGGGGCUUGCACAGAAGCAUCCUGAGUCGCAAGACACUGUACAAGGCAAGCAUGACACCUGA